UCCCAAUUCCAGUCUGCUGCUCCGUCUAUUCCGUCCUUAAGUGACUCUCGUUCAAACGCCGCGCAUUAUCCUCGACAGGCCCUGCCUCCCCAAAAAAGAGACUUUCAAGUAUCUCAAACUCGGACUGCGCCCAAAAAUUCCCACCUCUGCAAGUAAUUCUCCCCCAGAGACAAACCACCACAACCACCACCACCACCCACUUGGUGUUCGACUCGGGAAAAUUUGUUUUUACUUGCACUACCUGGUCAACAUUCCAUCACAUACCAAUACACCAGCGUUGUGUGCUUUGCCAUUCCGUCCCUGCGCGUUCGCAGCAAUGUUGUGCUGAGGAAAAGGUGCAUGCAAGUCAUUGCAUCACCGUUCGCAAGUGGGCGGCCUGUAUUCUUAGCCACCCUUCUUCGACCGUUUCCUCUCGCUCAAUCAACUCCUACUAUCGGUCCAACUAUUAGACGAAAAGUGUGACAUUAUUAUUACUUCAAGAUGGAUAAUCAAGGUGGCGGAGGAGGAAAUAACAAUUCCAGCGACUUCGUGCGCAAACUGUACAAAAUGCUUGAAGAUCCCUCGUACUCUUCGGUAGUACGAUGGGGCGACGACGGCGACAGUUUUGUCGUGCUUGAGAACGAAAAGUUCACCAAAUCUAUCCUGCCGAAACACUUCAAACACUCCAACUUUGCUAGUUUUGUACGCCAAUUAAACAAAUAUGACUUCCACAAGGUGCGGCAGAACAACGAGGACGGUGGCAUGUCGACCUAUGGUGCCAAUGCAUGGGAGUUCCGGCACCCCGAAUUCAAGGCAAACAGCAAAGACACCCUCGACAACAUUCGGCGAAAGGCCCCCGCUCCUCGGAAGGCGUCAAACCUCAACGACGAACAAAUACCCAUACAACAGAUCGAUUUGAUGAACCAGCAAAUAGUAGCACAAGCACAACAGAUCGAGUCGUUAGUUCAGACAAAUAAUCAACUACAGAUGAACCACCAGAUGGUGGUGCAAGAGCUUCUCCGGAUACAAAAGACGGUCCUUAAUCACGAUCGCGUCAUGCAGGAUGUCAUGACAUUUUUGCAUUCUGUAGAUGCGAAGCAGCGAAGGGACAGCAAAGCACUUUUUGCGCCGCAAGCGGAUCCCGCGCAGACGAGCACCACCCUGACCCCGACAAGCCAGACAAUGCCCCAACAAGACGAAGACGUGCCGGCUUCUCCUCUACAACACGCCUCGAAGCUGUUGAGUGAUCUCAACGCCGAUGUCCAAUUCAACAUCUCCGGCUUGGAGCAGAUGAACACCAGUAUUGCGACGCCGCCUAUUCAUCAAGAUCCCCGGCACAUGCAAUACAGGGGCCCCAGCUCUUCGAACUCGAGCGGGAGCAUGGGAUUCGUCAAGAUGGAACCGUCUCAACUGGAGAACAUCGUGUAUCCGAUGGGCACGAACAACGGUAUCGACCCGAUGUCCAGUGAAUACAUCCACAACAUUCCCUACCCUAUGCCUUCCAAAGAUACCCCGCAAGACCCUCGGGCACAAUUUGCCGAUUCUCGCAAGAAGAGUGGGACAGCAGAUCCUGGCUGGAGCCGGUCGCCGAGGAUAUUGCUGGUCGAAGAUGACCCGACGUGUCGACAAAUUGGUGGGAAGUUCCUGUAUUCCUUCAACUGUGUGGUGGACUGUGCUUUUGACGGUCUCGAAGCCGUCAGUAAGAUGCAAGACGGUAACAAGUACGACAUUAUAUUGAUGGAUAUCAUCAUGCCCAACCUCGACGGUGUAUCUGCGUGUCACCUCAUCCGUCAGUUCGAUCGGACACCCAUCGUUGCGAUGACGUCCAACAUCAGAUCCGACGACAUUCAGAUGUAUUUCCAUCACGGCAUGGACGAUGUACUGCCGAAGCCGUUUACGCGCAAGUCUCUCCUCGACAUGCUCGAAAAACAUCUGAUGCACCUGAAAAAGGUGCCGCACAUGGAAGGCGCACUGACGGGCAUUGCACCCCCAGCGGGCCUUUCCUCGACCGGUCACACCGUCCGCGAUGACGGCUCGUCGGGGGCCUCCCCUGCCGGAUCGACGGGCACCUGGAAUUCCCCGAGUCAGUACUCUGGAGCGUCACCGGUGAACCCGAGCAUGCACUUGGGGGCCGGCGGCGGUGGCGUGUUACCUCAACAGCAGCCACAGCAACAGCAACACUUUAUCGACGCGAAUGGCAACAUUACAGCAUUUCCAAAUGGCCCUCAGACUCCGAUGGGCAUGAGACAAAGCGCCAUGCAGAACCACGCCCACCACAGAAGGGGACCAUCGGACCUGUCGGGUGGGAUGGAAGUGGGCAACGCGAAUAAACGCCAACGAAUGUACGGUCCACAGCAAACAAUGACGACCCCGAUGAGGCUACAGUGAUGGCUGUCUAGGUCUCUAGCCAAGAAGAAAGUUCUUCGUUUGAGCGAUGAAUUAAGAUAUACACACAUUAUAGUGUGGCAAGGUUGUUCCCGCCUUUGCGGCUCGAUGCGACUCGGCGUGACAUUCGGUUCGAUUCGUGGACUAAAAGUCAAGCAACAUGAACGACACGGGAUUUGUUUUAACAAAACAACAAGAUGAGAUACACAGCAACCUUGAUGGGAGGUUUACUAUUACGACUUUGAUGAUGAAACAUUUGUGCAUUUGGAAGGAGGGAAAGGACGGAAAGAGAGGUACCCGAAUGUUAACCUUGAGUUUGUUUCAAGGGCCAAAGAAAGGUGAUGACGAGACGCAUCGCCUGACACCAACACGUUUUUGUUUUGCGCAUUUGCUUUUGCCAACGGUGGAUGAAGGCCUGGUGGUUGUGGUAGGCUCGGUUUGACCAGUGUUUGCUCUUUUCGACUUGCGACUGAUAUGGCUCUGACAUGGACUUUUUUUGUCGAGAUCGAGAUCGAGAAAGAGGGAGAGAGAGAGAGAGACACUUGGGGGUUUGGUUUUUGGAUCAAAUAUACUGGAGCUGAAGAGAUACAAGGGCGUAAUCUCUUUCUGUCUCUCCCUCCUUCUCUCUCUCUCUCUUUGUGUGUGUUUGCAGAUACCUACUCCGUACUAUACCUUUAUGCCAUGUCGAACGCGUGCAGCAGCGGACUGGACAGGGUUUCACAAAAUAUUUUUUGUACAGAAGAGAAAUCCUGACUACUCGGUAUCUACCUUGACU